AUGGACAAAUUUUUUGUACAAUUUGUUGAUGAAUUGAAUUCCUGGUGGCUGCACAACAUGAUUGAUAUGGAAUAUGAACCAAAACGAAUUCAUUCAUCAACAACCAUUUCACAAAAUAUAAUUAUUGAUGACAUGUCUGUUAUUCAAUUUUAUGUACCAACCAACAUCAAAUUCAAUAAUAUUUUGAUUUUGGCUUGUUUGAUGACCAUCGAGACAAAGCUCAUAUUAUCAAAAAUUUAUGAUCAUGUACGGAUUAUUAUGUGUUUAAUUAAAUUUAAUUUCAUCGACAAACCUUUGUUGAAAAAAGUUUUAAAUGAAUUAGUCAUGGAUGAAUACUUAUAUAAAGAAAAACAUUACACAAAUACAAUAUACAAACUGAAUAAAAUAAAAAUAAUGAAUAUAAUUAAUACUCACAAACACGGAAAUAAAUUGAUCAAUAACAUUCUUUACAUCGAUCGCGAUUCAUACCUAAGGACAGCCAUAUUUUACAAUCUACCAACUAAUAUUAACUAUGAAAAAAAAACACAACAACAAUUUGAUGUGAAUACAAAGAAAAAAAUAUUUCAAUCCAUUCAACAAAAAUACUUCUUUAUUAAAAAUUUCAUAGAUCACAUUCUCAAAAUUCAUUUUCCAAACGUUUCCUACGACAAAAUUCAAGAAAAUUACAUAACUGAGGUACAGAAUUAUCAAAACAAUUUAAAGAGUUUGCUCCAAUUAUUGCCCAAAAAAUCUAUGGAUUCAUCACUAACCGUGGAGGAAAUUCUUCAAAUGAUACAAAACCAGCAUGCUUUGGAAUCAAUAACAUACAGACCUCCUACAACUCCAGUUAUAAUAAAUCAAUUUUCAGAAUCAAAAUUAAAAUUUUACUCAGAUAAUUCUGAAUUAAUGAAAUUUAUAAAUUUAUUUUAUCCGAAAGGUAUUAAACAUUAA